AUUUGUCACCUGAUCAAAUGUUGUUUUUCGUCCUUGUCAUCUGUCACCCACCAACAAAUUCAAACGCAAUACAUAAUGCAAUAGGACCAAAAAUAACUUCAGGAUGAGUGCUAUUUUGAAAUUCAUCCGUGAAAAUCACAUAUUAGCAGUAAUAGAACAGGCGGUCGCGAAAAAGAAAUCCCGGUUGAGUCUAAACGCUUUCGAAAUAGCAGAAAUUCCGAACCUCUUGUACACCUGUUUAGAUGUCGAACAUCUUUACCUACACAAAAAUAAGAUUUCUUCAUUAUCAGUGCAGUUAACUCAACUAUCGAAUUUAACAACUUUAACUUUAGACUACAACAAUCUAACUUCGUUGCCAUCCGAGAUAAGUAACUUGAAAAACCUCGUGAAUUUGAAUAUAAGUUACAAUCCUUUAAACGAAUUGAUACCUGAAAUCGGAGAGUUAGAGAAUCUUGAGGCGUUCUGGUGUAACAGAAUAGGACUGAGAGAGAUCCCAAAAGAAAUCGGAAAGCUCUCGAAACUGGACACAUUUGGAGCGCGAGGAAAUGAGUUGAAAGAAAUACCUGAAGAAAUGACAUCUCUGCAAAAGUUAAGAUGGUUGACAUUAGAAUAUAAUCAAAUAGAAACUUUACCAAACACAAUGGACAAGAUGGAGUCACUUGUACAUUGCAAUCUGAGAAACAACCAGAUAAGAGAGUUCCCAAUGUCUAUAAUGAAAUGUCCCGAUCUCAUGUUUUUACAGCUCAAUAAUAAUCAGAUAUCAUCAAUGCCAGAAAACUUUGACACAUCUCCACUCACAAUGUUAGAAAUGAUUGAUAUUAGAUCAAAUCCAAUAUGUGAUCUGCCUCAUCAGGAAUACCCUCUAGUUCGUUUCACAGAGGAAAUAAUACCUAAUCCUCAACCGUCGAGCAGCAGGACACAUGCUACUCAAGCGUUAGCCGUUAAUGCAACUGCUUUACGAUUACCAGCUGUGCCCGCAGCUAGGCAUAAUGACCCACUUGUAAUUGCGGAAAUGGAACUAGAUGCAUCAUCAAUUGAGUCAUCUGAAGACUGGGAGAAUAGUGUCAACAGCUCGGAGCUGGAUGUACAGUAUCAGAGUGAUGAGGAACGUGCCGAGAAUGAGUUUGCACAAUUCUUCCAGGCUAUAGGCAUGGUGUUGCCAGAGCUGUCCCGCUACGCUUCCACUGCGAGCUGAAUUCUACCGUAGCUUUUGGUAACUAUACUGGCAACAUUUCAUUUGCGCUAGCAAAAAUCGCGACUUCUCUAUUAGAAGAAAACUUUAUUAAAAUAUUUCAUAAUUGGCGUGUACUUUUAAUAUUCUUAUCGAUAGUUGAUUGCUGAAAAAAAAAAACUGAACGAAAUAUCGUUGUCUCUGUCUAUUGAAUGAGGUAAAAAGGGAUGACAUGUUUUUUA